ACAUUCACACCUUUGCCUAACUGUGACACCAUAAGGUCUGUUUUAAUUCAUCAACUGUUGAUUAUUUGGGUGAGCUUACUAGCACCGUCCCCAUCCCCAACAGGUGUUAGCGAGAGGAUGUGUCCCCCAAGAGGCCGUACUGGCAUUGGUGGUCACCUGUGCACCUGUAGGAAAGGUUGACGGAAAACUUAAGUCAGUUACAAAGGAGAUUUCAAUCACGAAGGGUCUCGUAACUCAGAUACUCUGAGCUCUAUUGACUAUAUAAGGAUAUACAGCUAUCUCUUUGAAGUGACGACGACUAUUCCUUUCGACAUGUAAUCUCCGUUUAACCCCAGCCAGGAAGAAGCAUUCCUUCAUCGCAGUCUCUCACUCUACACGUACUUCGCCUUCGUCCCAGGAUGAUAUCGGUGGGUCUGUAAAACUUAGGGGGAGUUUUGUUUGUCAAUCCGAAAUCAUUUGGAGGGAUAAUGCUUUCCCAUAUUAAAAUGCCUUCCAAUUACCAUCACUUACUUUUUAGUAUUUUAAUUUAAGCAUCUGUUUUUCAUACCUUGCAUAUUUGUAAUACGAGGUUUCGUACCCUUCCAGGGAUAUCAUGAAUUAUGUACUACGUGGACGUCAGUUUGGACUGUUGGUAUAUAUAUAUAUAUAUUUAGAUUUUCCAAGGUAUGCAACUUGCCAAGUGUUAUACGUUCUGCACAUGCUCAUAAUUAAAUUUAGAUAUAUGCAUACGAUAAUUGUGUAGUGUUUAAUUAGGCAUUUGGUAAUACUUUAAGGUAUUUUGGAAGUGGCUGAAUUACUGCGGCUCCCCCAAGCUUCACGAUGAUCAACUUUGUGUAUUAGCUGCCGCAUCAGCACCUGGAUGAUAGGACAGUUCGCAAUUACAAUAAAUUACUUAAUUUUUCUUAACAUUUCAAUUAACCUUAUCAAUUUCCCGGUGUAUGAAUAAAAAUUCAGUGCAUGGCGACCGUGACAGGAUUAGGCAUUAUAGGUUACGUGCGUGACAUAGGACGUGAAUUGCGGUGAAUUGGAGGUUUCUUCCUGGAGUUUUUUUUCACUUACAAUAUUUUAGAAUCCCUCUUAUUGCAGGUUUCUUUAAAGUUCAGUGUGUCAUUUUUGCGAAUUCGUAGCUAAUGUUUAUCACUUGGUGAUUUAUUUAAGAGUUCAGUGUAAACUAUUUUUCGAUUCGUAGUUUGAUGUUUAUCUCUUUGCAAAAUAAUUUAGUAUUUGAGUGCCCCUAAUUUUCGCGUUGCUUUGAAAGUUUUUGCUUAGUAAUAACUUUGUUGCAUAUACUAAGUAUCGUUUACCAUUUUUUGAAAUUUUCGCUGUGUAUUGCAGUAAUUAUACUUAUAUUGGUGUUUGUAUGUUUAUUUGUCUUCAUAAUGGCUGAAUUGGUAGUGCUAAUUGGUCAGUGUAAGAUUAUUAGGAAAAAGGUUACAGAAUGUGCCAACCGUUCUUCAUAGUACCUUUCAUUAGAUAACACGGCAAAAGUAUCUGAGCUGGGUGUUUUCUUGGAGUAUAGGAAGAGAUUAAGUGACUUGGAUUUUAAAAUACAGACUCUAAAAUUUUCAGGGGAAUUUAGAGACGAGGAUUUGGAGGCUGAGCUCUCUGCAUGUCAGUCGUACUAUGAUAAAAUUUCAGGUAUUGUGCCUUUGUUGGAUGUUAGUGUCAAUGCUGGAAGCCCUCCACUUUCAUCAACUACUGAUAUUGCUAGGAGCCUUUUGAGGCAACCCACUGCACCUCUACCAAAAUUCCAAAGUAAGGAAGGUGAAGAUUUUUUGAAAUUCAUUCGAGAAUUUGAAACCACGACCCAGAGUUUUAACUAUCCAGACAGGGACUUGCUCUUACUUUUGAAGCAACAAGUAGAAGGUAGGGCUAAAUGUUUACUUGGUUCAUUGGAGGCCGACAAAGAAAGUUACAAAGAUGCCAAAGACUUAAUGAUUCAGGCUUUUGCCUCGACUGAAUUACGAAAGUCGGCUGUAAUUAAGAAAUUGACCUGUCUACAUCUCAAAGAAGGAGACGACCCCUUUGUUUUCUUAUCAGAACUUAGGACUAUAGUCGAAAAUUUAAAAUAUUUAAAUAUUGAUGUUGAUGAGGUUGUUAGAUAUUUCGUUUGGUCUGCACUCAAUGAUAGAUUUAAGUAUCAUAUGGUUCAUAUCACUAAUGUGACUCAUCCAUCACUUAAGCAAAUCAUAGAUAAUUUCUUUACAGCAUGUGAAAGGUAUGAACAGGGUCAGACGAAAGGUAAAUUAUUGGUCAGGGAUAAAGUUGUAGCUCAUUCAAAGCCAUUCCUGGAAAAGACUAAUACAAUGGCUGUUAAAACUAAGACAGUUCCGACCAAAGCUUGUAAUUUUUGUACUAAGGCCGGUAUUUCUGACGGUGAUCACUUAAAUUAUAAGUGUACUAAGUAUGCCACCCCUUCUGCCAAAAUUGAUUUAUUAAAAUUGCAUAAAGGUUGUGUAAAAUGUGGUAAUUUUAAUCAUGCCACUAAAGCAUGUAAAUUCAGAUUUCGAAGACCUUGUUCACAUUGUUCACAGUGUCAUAUGGAGUAUCUUUGUUGGAACCUUAGUCCUGAUAUGAUUAAUAGUAAAGCAGUGUCUUCCAAGGAAGCAAGCAGCGGGAUAGCAGUAUUACUAAAUGUUGCCACAGGUUCAGUUCUCCCUACUUUUACAUUUUGUAUAAAUGGUCAUGAUAGGCUUUACAGGGGUCUUAAAGAUUCAGGAUCACAAAACUUUUAUAUCUAGCAAGUUAGCUUCCUUUUACAAUUUCAAGUCUUUGGCUACUAAAGUAAAACUGACUGUGAAAGGGUUUAAUGGUCAAAAGGAAUAUUCUACUAGCCUUGUUGAAGUUCCUAUUAAACUGGGGAAUGAAACCUUUGCUAUUUCUGCUCUAGUUGUACCCUCUAUAAACUUGCAAUUGAGUUUACCUGGUCAGGUAGUUAGUAUAAUGCAGAGUAAAAAUUUUGUAUUUGCUGACAAGCUUUUAUCAACCAAUUCUCGGAGCAUUGAUGAUGUUCAGCUUUUGUUAGGAGUAGAAUUUUCACAUUGUCUUUUGGGAAGAGACAUAGUGAUAGGGAGUCCUAAUUCGUCUGUGUAUAUUGAGACUUCUUUAGGAAUAAUGCUUAUAGGGAAUGUUGAUAGGUUCCUAAUUAAUCUUAAUUCACUAAAAGAUAAUGAAAGUUUGGCCUCGAAACCAUUGAGGGGCGAAAAUUCUAAUACUGAACACGGUACAUAUUACACUUUCCCUAGCCAUUCUUAUUUUCUAGCUACUAGUGUAUCAGUGAAUGAAGAAUUUUACGAACUCGAUGACAUUACAACAAAUUGUUCUUUUACUGUGCUUUCAGAUAGAGGGACUAUUAUUGAUAGGAAACUGCAAGAAGCAACUGAUCAAAUUUUGAAUAUGGAGAGCCAAUUUUAUUUGAACUAUGAUCAGAAAGUUUACAGUGAUGAAUCUAAUCGGCUCGAUGAUUCUCUCGUGGACUACAUUUUCAGAAAUUUGCACGCGAAAGGUGAUGGACGCAUAGUUGUUCCCCUGUUAUGGAAUGGGAAGGUAUCGCACCUUCUUUCGAGAAACGAGUCUCUUUCCAAGGCUGUUCUUCAAUCAAAUUUGAUAAAAUUACUUCGUAAGAAAGGUUCCUUGCAGUUGGUAGAUAACUGCAUAAAGGAGCAAUUGAAGGAGGGUAUUAUUGAGCCUAUUUUGGACUUGGAGGUAUUUAAGGCUGAAUAUCCUAACUACUCCUUCUUACCUCAUAUGCCAGUCUUUAAGCCAGAAAGGGAAACUACAAAGUGUCGCAUAGUAUUUCUUUCUAAUUUGCAGGAAUCCUCUAAGAGACUGUCACUGUCACAUAAUCAAUGUAUGUAUGCUGGGCCUAACUUAAAUCAAAAGCUCUCCUCUGCAUUUCUUAAUAUUAGGUUUGAUGAAAAAAUUUUGAUUUUUGAUUUGAAGAAAGCUUUUAAUAUGUUGGCUUUGAGUGAAAUUGAUCAGUCAAGGCUAUUAUUUUUUGGUUUCGGAAUGUCACCACAGGUGAUUGCACCCCAGUUGCUUAUAAAAAUGUCAGGCUUUCAUUUGGACUUCGGUGUAGCCCAUUUCUUUUGAUGGCUUCAUUGUAUUAUAUGUUAAUCUUGACUUUCAGUAAUGAUUCAAGAAUCGAUGAACUCAAGAAACUUAUAUAUGCUUUAAUAUAUAUGGAUAAUGGUGCUGUCACAAUGAACAACUCUGAUGACUUGAGGUGGGCCUACGAGCAGUUAGCUGGCAUAUUCAAACCUUUUAAAUUUGAAAUUCAGCAACUGGUGACUAAUGACAUUGAUCUGCAGUCUGACAUAGAUCGGUCAGAAGUUCUUACCCCGAAAGUCAACAAAUUGUUUGGGCUUGAAUGGAAUAGACUUUCGGAUGAUAUUUUCACUAGGCCAAUUUCCCUUGACCUAGAAGCUAACACCAAAAGAUUAAUUCUUAGGUCAAUUGCCACUCAGUUCGAUAUAUUUGGUUUCAACUUGCCUUUAUUUAACCGAUGUAGGCUUUAUAUGCUUAACUUGCAAUGUCAAAAGGGUUUGAACUGGGACCAGCCUCUUAAUAGUCAACAGCUUAAAGACUGGAGGAAUAUCUGUAGACAGUGUAAUUCAUCGCCCCCUCUUAAAGUAACUCGUUUUGUGGGUCGAAGGGAUGGUGAGUAUCAAAUAAUUGUUUUUACUGAUGCCAGUUGUGACAUAUAUGGGUGUGUAAUUUAUUUAUUGAAUGUUGAGUCUGGCAACCUUUAUUAAUGCUAAAUAUCGGUUGGUUAAUACCCAAUUGAAAGGUAAAUCCAUACCAUCUUUAGAGAUCCACGCCAUUAAUCUAGGAGUCGAACAAUCUGUUGGUCUUUAUUUGGAUCUUGCUGGUCCCAAUUGUAUAAAACCUUUAAAGGUGACAAAGAUUUGUCUAUUUUCAGAUUCUUCUUGUGCCCUGCAGUGGUUAAUAAGUUCUUCGCUUCAACUAAAGAAAAUGAACCAAUGUUCUACUUUUGUAUUGAACAGAAUUUACAGUAUACAAAAACUGUGUGAAACAUAUCCUGUUCAUUUUGGGUUUAUUAAUGGCAAGGAGAAUCCUGCUGAUAUGGUAACCAGGUGCACAUCUUAUAAAUUGUUAAUGAAGUCUUGUUUCCUUUCAGGCCCGGACCUGAGUAAUAUUAGGGCGCAAGCCAUGCAGUUCACUAUUCCUCAAGCAGGUUAUCUUUCUGGAAAUUUCAUGAAUCUUUCUAAUAUUCCUUUAGUUAAGAGAAAUUACUUGGUGAACAUUUCUGAUUUUUCUGACUUCCGAAGACUUGUUUUGCUGUACCGUCGGUGCAUAAUAUGCAUACACAAAUGGAAAGCUAAAGUGAGAAGACAAGUACAAGAAGAUAAUAAUUUUUUUGCUUUAGCUCUUGUACAUUUGAGUUUGACCAAUCAACAAAAUCACUUUGCUGAUGUUUUGGAGCAUUUUUCUAAAGGUUUUUCUGCAGCAAAGGAUAUACCAGGUAUAGUUUCUCAGUUUAACUUGUUUGUCGAUAACAAUGGCAUUUUGAGAGUGAAGAGCAAAUUAAAGAGAGAGAAAAAAAUUCUUAUUCUAUUAUCUAGAGACAGUCAUUUAACGAAGUUAAUUAUAUUGGAUAUUCAUCACAAAUUAGCUCAUUCUGGGUGCUAUGCUGUUCUUUCUGAAUUAAGAAGACAUUAUUUUAUUCCUAGAAAUUUUCAGUGGUUAAAAAGAUUCUGAGGCAAUGUGUUCACUGCAAGAGAUUUAAUGCACGCCCUGUCAAUUUAAAUCAGAAUUGUUACAAGGAAUUCAGGGAAGACCCACCAGCUGUGCCUUUCGUCAAUAUUUUCGUAGAUUAUAUAGGGCCUUUUACAGUUAAACUGGAGAAGGAAAAGGGUAAGGUAUGGCUAUUAUGUUUUACUUGCACUUGGUCUCGUGCAAUUAAUUAAAAAAUUUGUAGAACACUCAGUGUGCCAGAUUUUCUUAGGGCAUUUUCUCUUCAUUGCUUCGAGUUUGGCAUUCCACAGUUAUGCAUUAGUGACUUAGGGUCACAAAUAGUUGCAGGAGCUAAUGUCAUAUCUUCAUUUUUGAAUGACCCCCACAGACAGUUGUAUUUUGAGGAGCGUGGUGUUAAACCCUUAACUUUUCAACAAUAUUUCAAAGGAUGUAGUCAGUUGGGCUCCCUUGUCGAGAUUUGUGACAAGCUAACAAAGCGACUUCUCUAUGGGUUAUCAAGAACAAUAUUCUCUCCUACUUUGAUUUUGAGUUUACUGUAUGUCAUGUUGUCUGCUUGGUAAAUCGACGAUCAAUAUCUUUUAAAGAGGCUCUUGGGGAUAGUGCAGCAGAAGACCCUCCUGAACCAAUAACACCCGAAAUGUUAAUUAGGGGGUAUGAGCUUUCCUCACUCAAUGUCAUUCCAGAUUUACAACCUUUACCCAAAGAUGAAGAAUUUGUCCCUUGUGGAGCUACUAAUAAAUUUGAACCACUGUCUAGGAUUAGGAGUAAACUUAUAGAUAUUUACCAUCAUGAGUUUAUGCAAACACUUUUAAGCCAAGCAGUUGAUAGGAAGGGUAGAUAUUGCCCGGUGACUCAUCAUCCUCUAAAAGUAGGUGACAUUGUUUUGAUCAAGGAAGAUAAUACUAAGAUUAACAAUUAUCCUUUAGGUCGGAUAAAGGAAACUAUUACGAAUGAUCUUGGGGAGACUACAUAUGCUGUAGUAUUUAAAGGCCGUACCAGACAAAUUUGUAAACUCCACGUUAAUAAACUAAUACCUUAUCUUUCCUUAGAUGAUGAAGACUCAAAGUCCAGUGAUUUGCAAAACUUAGACAAAUCAUCACCAGCUUCUGAGAGGCCUAAAAGAAAGGCUGCUGUGGAAAGCCGGAGAAAAACCUCUGAAAUGUUGAAUUUAUAAACUUUGAUCAAUUUAAUUUUUGUAUGCAUUGUAUAUAUAUUUUUAUGUAUUUGGCAAAAUUCGUUCCCCUGCAGUGUACUAAAAUUCCAUAUGGAAUUUGUAUUUUUUUUAUUAUUUGUUUAAUUAGCAUGGUCACUGGAAGACAGUUAACGUAGUUUUCAAAUAUUUAACUACACCCUUGGUUGUUAACAGCUCACUGCCUUCCAGCGGCUGUUCUGGUUCUGUCCUAACCAACCACUAAUGAUUUUGCUUUCUUCCUGAGGUUGACUGAAACUUAAGUCGGUUACAAAGGAGAUUUCAAUCACGAAGGGUCUCGUAACUCAGAUACUCUGAGCUCUAUUGACUAUAUAAGGAUAUACAGCUAUUUCUUUGAAG